UCUCUCUAUCUAGAUCUCUUUCUCUCUCUCUCUCUAUACAAGAAUGGAAGAAAUUCAAGGUGAAAAGGUUUACAAUCAAGGAAAAACAGGUGCCCUUUUGUUUUCUUGGCCAUGGGGUAAUUUUGGAGUUUACAAGUAUUUUCUCUAUGGUCCAUUCCUUGUUAGUUUCAUCUACUCAAGGAUUUGGGAAGGAGAAACUCAUAAUAAGAAUGGAUAUGGAUGGUGUUUACAUGUUCUUGCUAUAUGUGCACUAAGAGGCCUUGUUUAUCAAUUAUGGAGUUCUCAUAGCAAUAUGUUGUAUAAUAACCGCACUCAACGUUUGUCUAAUCGCGGCGUAGAUUUGGAACAAAUCGACAAUGAAUGGGAUUGGGACAAUUUCUUAAUUCUCCAAGCUAUGGUGGGUGGAGUGAUAUGUUUGUUCUUAGUCCCACUUAUGGAGAGUUUCCCAAUUUGGAAUGUGAAGGGUUUUUUCUGUUGCUUAAUACUUCACAUGGGUUUCUCCGAACCAGUUUACUAUUGGUUACAUAGGUUCUUGCAUUCUGACUAUAUGUUCUUUAAAUUUCAUUGGCUGCACCACUCUUCCAAAGUCAUCCACCCUUUCACAGCUGGGCAUGCUACAUUUAUGGAGCAAUUGCUUAUGUGCAUGAUUGUAGGAAUACCCAUUUUAGGGACAAUAUUGGUUGGGCUAGGAUCAAUUAGUAUGAUUUAUGGGUAUCUUUUGGUAUUUGAUUGUUUGAGAUGUUUAGGGCAUUACAAUGUCGAGAUUGUGCCUUAUAAGAUAUUUAAGACGUUCCCACGUCUAAGAUAUUGCAUGUACACGCCCACAUACCAUUAUCUUCACCAUAAGAAGAUGUCCACCAAUUUCUGUCUUUUCAUGCCUCUCUAUGAUGUAAUAUGGAAGACCAUCCAUCCUCAAUCAUGGGACCUUCACAAGGAAAUGUCAACUGGUACUGGAAAACAUAACAAUGUGCCGGAUUUUGUGUUCCUUGCACACAUAGUUGAUGUCUCGCACGCGCUCCAUUCGCCUUUUCUUUUCCGAUCAUUCGGUUCAUUACCGUUCAAAUUCAUGCCUUUUAUUCCGUUUCUUUGGCCAUUCUGUGUAAUUGUGCUUCUUGCUAUGUGGGCCAAGUCCACUGCCCUCUUGGUCAGUUUUUACCGACUUAAGGGCAAAAUCCUUCAAACAUGGUCUGUGCCUAGGUUUGGUCUUCAGUAUUUCUUACCAUUUGCAAAGGAUGGGAUAAACAAGCAAAUAGAGGAGGCAAUUCUAAAAUGUGACAAACUUGGUGUCAAGGUAGUAAGCCUUGCUGCCUUAAACAAGAAUGAGGCUUUAAAUGGGGGAGGAGCUUUAUAUGUGCAAAGACAUCCAAACUUAAGAGUAAGGGUGGUGCAUGGUAACACAUUGACAUCAGCUGUUAUCAUAAAUGAAAUCCCCAAGGAUGUGGUUGAAGUCUUCUUGGCAGGCUCAACCUCCAAACUUGGUCGAGCCAUUGCCCUCUACUUGGCUCGUCGACAUAUAAGAGUCAUGAUGCUUACUCAAUCAACAGAGCGAUUCACCAAGAUUCAAAAGGAAGCGUCCGAGGAUUGUCAAGGGUAUCUAGUUCAAGUGACGAAAUACCAAGCAGCACAACAUUGUAAGACGUGGAUAAUUGGCAAAUGGACAACACCGCAAGAGCAACGAUAUGCCCCUAAAGGAACACACUUCCAUCAAUUUGUGGUUCCUCCUAUCAUUCCUUUUAGAAGGGACUGCACUUAUGGGAAACUUGCAGCCAUGUCUCUUCCAAAGGAUGUGGAGGGACUAGGAGUAUGCGAGUAUUCGUUACCGAGGGGUGUAGUUCAUGCAUGCCACGCUGGGGGCGUGGUUCAUCUUCUCGAGGGAUGGAAUCACCACGAAGUUGGAGAUAUUAAUGUUGACCAGAUUGAUGUUGUGUGGAAUGCUGCGCUCAAACUUGGCUUUAAGGCGUUCUAGUUUAAUCUACCAUAUGGAAACAAAAAGAAUAUUGCAACCCAACCAUGGAAGAAAAGAGUGGAAACUAAAGGAUUGAUAAAUGAAAAGGAAGAAAUAAAUAAAUAGGAAUGUGAAUUAUAUAUGUUUUCAAAAGUCUUGUAAAGGAAUUAAUUUCCUUCCCUUUUGCACCUAAGAAAGGUAGAUUAAAUAGUGUAGCCUUAUCACUUUGAAGCAUGUAAUGUGUAUCCAUUUAUUUUUCCUUUUACUAUAUGAUGCAUGUUAAUUCUA